AUGCCUUACCGCAAAACAACAACCACAACCCGGAAUCGUCGACCGAACUACAUCCCGGCCCCACCACCUCCAGCUGGAGGAAGCCAUGGCCACUCCAUCUUCGGCUACUGGGUGCCGCUCGUCACAAUCGGAACACUCGCCGUGGGCGGGCUAGCAGCUUGGGCAUGGUCGGAACGAUCUGACGAGGACGAAUAUCCCGAGGACAAACCGCAACGACCGUCGAACGCGAGUGGUGGAGGUGUAUACGGUCCUCCUCCAGGGGCCGAGCCGACGGGAGGAGCUUCGACAUCGACAGAACAAUCGCGAAACGUAGAGCAGCAGCGCACAGAUGCGACGUUUCUGGGUCGCAUGAGUGGUGUGAUUAGGAGGACACCGAGUCCGCAGCAAUUCUUCGAUACUGCGUCGCGACAGGUUGCUGCGGCGGGUGCGGCGGCGGGAGCGGCGUUGAGCAGUAUCAUCGAGGUGGAGAGUAAUCAUGGCGAUCGGGCGGAGGAAGUGGUGAUGAACGCGAGGAGGGAGGAACGGGAUGGAUUCAGCGACCAUGAACGGUGGAGUGAAGAGGCGGAUGAUCGACAGCGGACGGGCAAGAGUGGGAAAGCGAAGCGUACUGUCGCCGUGGUGUUGAGCGCGGACUUCGAUCCUCGCGAGGAGGCGGACGAUGCGGAUUUCUACACCGAACACGCUUCCAUCCUCUCCCACCUCCCACCCCACCACGACCCCUCAACAACCGAACUCUUCAUCCUAAUCUACAGCCCCAACCUGAAGUCCCUGCCGUCCCUCCCCUCCACCCUCGGCGACUCCUCCUACUCCGCCAUCUCCACCCCCGCUCUCACACCAGGCUCCGAGGGGUCCCCCUCGUCAGACCACUUCGACGCGCUAUACACCCAAGCUCUCUCCCUCGUCACGCACCCGACGCAGAUCAUGCCCUUCACCACUCCCCAGGGAUACAUCUCCAUGCUGCGCCAUCUCGCGCCGCAAAUCGUCUAUGUUUCGGAUGUCCUCGCUGGCAAAGAGGGGGAGAUUGUAAGUGAAUUGAAGGGCUGGGUGGGACAUACUGUGCUUGUGGUGGGGGAUGGGGGACAUGGAGGGUUGGCGGAUACAACGGACGAGGACGAGGGCGGGCAAGGGAAAGAGCAGAGGUGGUGGGAAAGGAGUGCGAUGGUGGGACUGGGGAAGGAGAUGGAGGUUGUGGAUGCGGCGAGGGUGGGGGAUGAUUGGGGGAGGAGGGUGAGGGGGAGGGAAUAA